GCCGAAUGGAAGUGUUGUGAUUAAUAAAUAAAACAAUGAUUGUGGUUCACAACUAUUUAGUGUAUAUUUUAUAAGAAAAAUAUUUUUUUUGAUGAUUUACGAAGUUGGAGUUCCUAGAAGAAGGAAUUUUCUUGUCCGGAAUUCAAGGCGUAGGACUGUGGGUGUGCGGUGUUUUCUUUGAUAUCCUGAUAAUAAUUAUCAAGGUACACAAACCUUAGAUAAUGUGCAAUAAUUCGUGUAAACGGCUAAUAUUGGUUUUAUAUAAAAAUGUUUAGAAUAUCAACAUACACAAUCUGUAAAGCAAAUGAAUGUAUAAACAGUUGAAAGUAAACUUAUAUCAAAAAAAUGGGCAACAAAAACAGCUGCUGUUCGUACUCCAGCCCUCAGCCCAGCCAUAAAGUUAUCAUCCCCAUUGAUAGUACACAUGAGGGUGAAGCUAGCAUCAACAACAUCCAGCACAUCAGUGAAAGAGAGUGUUACGAUGAUGAAUGUGACCCCUCUCAGGAUCCCACAGCCAAAACAAUUUUCAUUGAACGAUCAAAAACGGCUAUCGAAAAAGGUAUGAUCAGAAGAAAAAGCCAAAACCAAAUAGCAGACCUCAGACCACUUAAGAAAAGUAGUUCAUGCUCAACAAUCUACUUGGAUGACAGUACUGUAUCUCAACCAAAUCUCAAAAACACAGUUAAAUGUGUGGCUCUAGCAAUAUAUUACCACAUUAAAAAUCGUGAGUUGCAAAGAGAUAUUGACAUUUUUGAUGAGAAAUUGCAUCCCUUAACCAGGGAUGGCGUGAGUGAUGACUAUGAUAAGCACAAUCCAGAACAUAGACAGAUUUAUAAAUUUGUAAGGACUUUGUUUAAUGCGGCCCAACUUACAGCUGAGUGUGCCAUAAUUACUCUAGUGUAUUUAGAAAGACUUUUAACCUACGCUGAACUGGAUAUACAGCCUUCCAACUGGAAAAGAAUAGUUUUAGGUGCAAUUUUGUUGGCAUCCAAAGUGUGGGACGACCAAGCAGUAUGGAAUGUUGACUAUUGUCAAAUAUUAAAAGACAUCACUGUAGAGGACAUGAACGAGCUGGAACGUCAGUUUCUGGAACUGCUCCAGUUCAACAUCAACGUGCCCUCUAGCGUUUACGCCAAGUACUACUUCGACUUACAAACGCUAGCCGAAGCUGCGGACCUCACUUUCCCCACCAAACCUCUCAGCAAAGACCGGGCUCAAAAGUUGGAGGCUAUGUCGCUGGUCAUGGAGGACAAGUAUACGCAGGAGGCGAUCAAAAACGGACUGAAAAAGUGGUCGAGCUUAGACAACAUUCCAAACGGGGGCGCUGCCUCGCGUAAAAGCAUAGCUAUUUUGUCAUGAUGGAUUUUUGACAUAUUUACUAUGUAUUAGAUCUACCAAAGUAAUUCUAGUGGACUUUUUUAUAUGAGAUCUACAAUGUAUUUUUUUUAUCAAUUGUGUGUAUUGAUCUGGACUAUUUUCUUAUAAAUUCAGAAAUAUGUAAAAGGUGUCCAGAAACUAAACAAAUAAAGACAGCGAUUUUUAGGGAUGAUUUUAGAUUUAUUAUUAGAUGGUUUGGGUCAGAUCAAUCUAAAAUUAUCCUUUAAUUCUUUUUGGUUUAGUUUCUAGACAAUCUGUAUAGUAAAAAUCAAAUCUAUCAUCAAGUUAAUUUAUUUUCGUUCACAAAAC